UACAUUUUAAAUCUGCUGCAGUGGAGUGGAUUCCGACUCACAGUGACCCUAUAGUAUGCUUUAGAGUCAAUUCAGUUACUAGGAAUAGUCGCAUGUAUUUUUGUUUUGCAUUUUUCUAAAUUUUCGGACAUACAGAAAUAUGGGGCUGGGCUACAAAAUGUGUUACUAGAUGGGUGAUAUCUGGACAAAGAGAGUAACCAGAGUUUUCUUACAGAGAACUGAGCUCCCGCCCUCAACACACCUUUUAGCCAUGUUUCUUUUCCUCUAACAAGCACAUAGGAUUUAUUUUCUUCUUCAGUCUGUACUUCGUUUCUUCUGAAAUGCAUGUCAUAGCAGUAAGCUUUAAAACCUUACUUCUGUUUUUUUCUUUUUAACUGAGAAAAACAAUUUCAAAUUUUACUUUGCUAUUGUGGAAUGCCGUCACUUCAGUUCAGUGCACAGUACUUAAGCACACAGCCUCAGUGUUGGAUGUUUCAGUCUGUUCACACCUAGUAGUGAAAGCUCCACAUUAACAGUUACAUUUGAGGUUUAAGAUUCUCCUGACACUUUGGAUGUGUAGGCUUAGAAGUUUCUUGAGUGAAAUCGAUUACUUCCUGGGUCAUUAAAAACAAUCAAUGUGAUUCUGUUUGUUCCUUUUUUAAGAAAAUAUAAACAGUUUUGUUGGAAAAGUGUACUAACCUGUGUCUAGUGUAGACUCCACUGCAGGAUUCUGAGCAUUGUUACAUAGUAGCCUAAUCACUGAGCAAUAGAUGCUGUUCUUAUGUAACAUUUAAUAAGUGAUUAUUAUAUAUUUCCUGUGGCAUCCAUGUAAGCGAAUGUAAUUUAUCAAACAAAGAAAAUCAAAUUUUCAAGUCAUAAAAGAGAAAAUAAAAGUGCAAUGAACCACAGUUACUGCCUCUGUUACGCACUGCAUCACGUUAAUAACUGCUCACACUGCUUUCAAUUAAUCUAAUGCUGAUUGCUUCUAACCUUCACUAAACAGUCUUGAACACUGCUGUAGUUUAGCCUGCGACGCUCGUGAUUAGAGCCGACAGUUUGACAUGGCCAGCUCACCCGACGCAGUCAUCUUCCCGCCAGCUUUCUUAAGGUCUGGCUCAGUUUACGAACCUCUUAAAAGCAUUGAUCUUCCAAGACCUGAUGAUGAAACUCUGUGGGCUAAAUUGGAUCAUCAUUACAGAAUUGUCAAGUCGACAUUGUUGCGGUAUCAAAGUCCAACCACAGGCCUCUUUCCCACUAAAACAUGUGGCGACAAUCCGAAGGCCAAGAUCCAGGAUAGCCUGUACUGUGCUGCCGGGGCCUGGGCUUUGGCUCUUGCUUACAGGCGCAUUGAUGACGACAAGGGAAGGACCCAUGAGCUGGAGCAUUCGGCUAUCAAAUGUAUGAGAGGCAUUCUCUACUGCUACAUGCGGCAGGCUGAUAAGGUACAGCAGUUUAAACAGGAUCCACGCCCAACGACGUGUCUUCACUCUGUUUUCAGCCUGCACACAGGAGAUGAAUACCUCUCCUAUGAAGAAUAUGGUCAUCUUCAGAUCAAUGCAGUGUCUCUCUAUCUCCUUUACCUUGUGGAGAUGAUUUCUUCAGGAUUACAGAUUAUCUACAACACCGACGAGGUGUCCUUCAUUCAAAAUCUCGUAUUUUGUGUAGAAAGAGUUUACCGUGUACCUGACUUUGGCAUUUGGGAAAGAGGAAGCAAAUAUAAUAAUGGCAGUACUGAACUACAUUCAAGCUCCAUUGGCUUAGCAAAAGCAGCCCUAGAAGCAGUCAAUGGAUUCAACCUCUUUGGCAAUCAGGGCUGUUCUUGGUCAGUUAUAUUUGUGGAUCUCGAUGCUCACAAUCGCAACAGGCAGACUUUGUGCUCGCUGUUACCCAGAGAGUCAAGAUCUCACAACACAGAUGCUGCCCUGCUCCCCUGCAUCAGCUAUCCUGCAUUUGCCCUGGAUGAUGAAGUUCUGUUUGGCCAGACACUUGAUAAGGUGGUUAGAAAAUUAAAAGGGAAAUACGGAUUUAAGCGUUUCUUGAGAGACGGGUAUAGAACAUCAUUGGAAGAUCCCAACAGACGCUACUACAGACCAGCUGAAAUUAAGCUAUUUGAUGGCAUUGAAUGUGAAUUUCCCAUAUUUUUCCUUUACAUGAUGAUUGAUGGAGUUUUUAGAGGCAAUCCCAAACAAGUAAAGGAAUACCAGGAUCUUCUGACUCCAGUACUUCAUCACACCACAGACGGCUAUCCUGUCGUACCAAAGUACUAUUAUGUGCCGGCUGACUUUGUAGAACUUGAAAAAAGAAAGCCUGGUAGUCAAAAGCGAUUUCCUAGCAACUGUGGCCGUGAUGGAAAACUGUUUCUUUGGGGUCAGGCCCUUUAUGUCAUCGCAAAACUCCUGGUCGAUGAACUAAUCAGCCCUAAAGACAUUGAUCCAGUCCAGCGCUAUGUCCCAUUACAGAAUCAACGUAACGUGAGCAUGAGGUUUUCCAAUCAGGGCCCACUGGAAAAUGAUUUGGUAGUUCAUGUAGGACUUGUAGCAGAAAGCCAACGCCUUCAAGUUUUUCUCAACACAUAUGGCAUUCAAACUCAAACUCCUCGACAGGUAGAACCCAUUCAGAUUUGGCCUCAGCAGGAGCUUGUGAAAGCUUACUUCCACUUGGGUGUCAAUGAAAAGCUGGGUCUUUCCGGAAGACCAGAUAGGCCCAUCGGCUGCCUCGGUACAUCAAAGAUUUAUCGCAUUCUGGGAAAGACUGUGGUUUGUUACCCCAUCAUCUUUGACUUAAGUGAUUUCUACAUGUCUCAGGAUGUUUUACUGCUGAUAGAUGACAUAAAGAAUGCGCUACAGUUCAUUAAACAAUACUGGAAAAUGCAUGGACGUCCGCUCUUCCUUGUUCUCAUCCGGGAAGACAAUAUAAGAGGUAGCCGGUUCAACCCCAUAUUAGAUAUGCUGGCAGCCUUUAAGAAGGGAAUGGUUGGAGGAGUCAAAGUCCAUUGUGAUCGUCUGCAGACACUAAUAUCUGGAGCUGUAGUAGAACAACUCGACUUUCUGCGAAUCUGUGACACAGAAGAACUUCCAGAAUUUAAGAGUUUUGAGGAGCUAGAACUUCCCAAACAUUCAAAAGUCAAAAGACAAAGCAGCGCCUCGAGUGCUCCUGAACUGGAACAGCAGCCAGACGUCACCAUUACUGAAUGGAGAAACCAGCCCACCCACAAGAUUCUUCAGAAACUGAAUGACUGCAAUUGUCUGGCUAGCGAAGCCAUCCUGCUGGGUAUACUGCUCAAAAGAGAAGGUCCCAGCUUUAUCACAAAGGAAGGUACCGUUUCUGAUCACAUUGAGAGAAUCUAUAGAAAAGCUGGCAGCAAAAAGCUUUGGUCGGCCGUACGCCAUGCAGCGAGCCUUUUAAGUAAAGUAGUGGACAGCCUGGCCCCAUCCAUUACCAAUGUGUUAGUGCAGGGCAAACAGGUAACUCUGGGUGCCUUUGGGCAUGAAGAAGAGGUUAUCUCUAAUCCUCUGUCUCCAAGAGUGAUUAAGAACAUCAUCUAUUAUAAGUGUAACACCCAUGAUGAGAGGGAAGCGGUCAUCCAGCAAGAACUGGUCAUCCAUAUUGGCUGGAUCAUCUCCAAUAACCCUGAGUUAUUCAGCGGCAUGCUGAAAAUACGAAUUGGGUGGAUCAUCCAUGCUAUGGAGUAUGAGCUACAGAUCCGGGGUGGAGACAAGGCAGCCAAAGACUUGUAUCAGCUGUCACCUAGUGAAGUCAAACAACUUCUGCUCGAUGUUCUCCAGCCUCAGCAGAGUGGAAGAUGUUGGCUGAACAGGCGUAAGAUCGAUGGGUCUUUGAAUAGAACUCCCAAGGGGUUCUAUGACCGAGUGUGGCAGAUCCUGGAGCGGACACCCAAUGGUAUCAUUGUAGCUGGGAAGCAUCUGCCACAGCAACCCACGCUGUCAGAUAUGACCAUGUACGAGAUGAAUUUUUCUCUUCUUGUUGAAGACAUACUGGGAAAUAUUGACGAGCCGAAGUACAGACAGAUCAUCGUAGAGUUACUGAUGGUUGUGUCCGUUGUCCUGGAAAGAAACCCUGAACUGGAAUUUCAAGACAAAGUGGAUCUAGACAAACUGGUAAAAGAAGCAUUUCAUGAAUUUCAGAAGGAUGAGAGUCGGCUAAAAGAAGUUGAAAAACAAGAUGACAUGACUUCCUUUUACAACACUCCCCCUCUGGGAAAAAGAGGAACCUGCAGCUAUUUGACAAAGGUUGUGAUGAAUUUGCUGUUGGAAGAAGUCAAGCCCAGCAAUGACGACCCAUGUCGGGUUAGCUAG